AUGAAAACUAGCACCAUCAGACAGCAUUCGUUUAUUGCGUCCAAUUGGUUUUCAAAUGUCUGGCAGGCCAGCACUGGAUCGUUGUUUGACGCCCUGUUCAUGCAAACCACCAAAAAAACUUCAUGUGCCCGUUUAUGCAAUCACCAAGCUAUUCUCCGCUUUAUAUGCUUUGCCAUUUUCUUGACUUGUACAACUGUUUGUGCACAAGAAACUCUGCCCAGUAUUCCUGCACCUACAAGAUAUGAUGCCAGCUCGUUCAUUUGGAAAGACUCGCUCGUUGUUUAUGGUGGCAUCGAGUCUUAUGCACCGGGUAAAAACCCAACCUCUUCUAUUAUGAUCUACAAUUUUACUACUCAUAUCUGGAGUCAAGCUAUUUCAAAAAAAACACCUUCAACCCCUGAAUCACUGAGCUACAGCCCAGUUCUCGCCUCUCAUACAAGUCACGUCAUAACCAAUGCAACUGCUUUGAAUCUGUUUGGUGCACUGAAUAUUCCUACUGAUACUUCUAGUACAUGGCAGCCUGCAUUGUCUGGUCUAUCUGCUUUCGUAUAUAGGUUGGAUCUGAACUCGAUGGUUUUUGAGUUGUUUAAAACUGUGCCUGAUAUUGGUCAAACAGGUGCUCCGCAACCUAGGGCCAAACAUGCCAGUGUGUGGGAUGCUGCUAAUGGUAUUGUAUGGGUCUUUGGAGGCUAUUCGUCGUUUGGACCACUAAAAGACAUGUGGGCACUUAAAGUCUCGACUGGUGUAUGGACGCAAAUGCCAGAUUCACCCAAAAUCGGGACAGUUGGUUCCUCCAUGGUUUUAAUCGGAUCCAACAUUCUUCUUGGUUGUGGAAGUCAAGGGCCUGAUGACACUGCCACAAACUCGUUUUUUUUAUUCGACACCAUUGCACAUGUGUGGACCAAUCUUGUCAGCACAGGUCCAUCACCAACAGUGCGCAGUAUGGCUGGUAUGGCAGUCACGACUAACGAAUCUGUACUACUGUUUUCAGGACGUGGUAAUAAUGGAAGUACUUUGGUUGCAGACUCAUGGCUGGUCCAUGUAGACUCAUCAAAAAAAACCAUUUCAUAUGUAUCGAUUCCAUUCGACUCUGCCAACCCACCAUCACUAUCCGAUACUAAAUCCAAUUUACCAACUUUAAGAGAUUCUCCUAGUGUCGUGUCUGAUUCCAGUGGAAACAUUGUCAUGUUUGGUGGCAGAUCUGGACUAGCAACAUCACCCAUCGAUUCAAAUAUACAUGUAUUUUCUGGUAAUUCGUGGAUUGACUCGAAACAGUUUGUUCCUGGUCAGCCUGCCACAAGUAUCAGUAAUCCUGCUACUGGAACCACACCCGAUGGAUCUGAUAGAUCAAAUACAUCUGCCAACGGUACUGACCCUUCAAGUAAUGGAACCAAUACGAAUGCUAAUUCAGAACAGCCAUCUUGGAUCACAACCAACACCAUCACCAUUCUUGUAGUGUUGGCCUGUUGUGCCGUGGCAGUAGCAGCUAUAUUUGGUGCAGUCUAUGUAUACCGCGCUCGUAAGCGUAAUCAGCGAGCUUUGAUUCCAAUUCACCCGAUAGUUGCUUUGGCACCAUCGCCUACGGAUCCACCAAAUGCGUAUUCUUUUGAAAAUCGACAAUCUGAAACCUCAUUGUCGAAUAUACACCAUUCAGGACUAGAACAAAACACAACUGACGCUGGGUAUACGCCAUUAAAACGUCCUGAUGUAUAUACGAUUCCGACGCAAUCUUUAAUGGUGCCAUUUGCCACUGCCAUGCAAACUACUCGACAGAAUAGUGAUCGCACUUUGCUUGACCCAAACAUUCAAAGUAUAGUGCCUGUAUCACCCAUUGCACCAGCUGAAUAUGGUAACAUGCCGCGACCCCAACAUCCAUCUGUAGCUGCACUCAGUAAUCGUCCAGAUAUACGCAAUAGCGGUGCAUGGAGUAUUCCAGUUGUUUCUGGAAACGAUCAAGUAGGCAAUAUGAGAUCUUUCCCAUCAGUACCCAAAACCGAAACACUCGACUCUACGAUGGAUUCAUCAAACCAGUUUGGAUCCAACUACAUGUCUCAACUCUAUGCUCAGCAACCUGAGCCGUAUGUGCCAUCCACAUUUUCAACAACACCAUCCAACUCUUCGUCAUCUUUGGUCAACUCAGCAUUUGGACGCCAGCUUAGUGUAUCCAACCCAUCUAUAUCAGCUAAACAUGACUUGCUACAGCCAGUCAGUAGCAGCCAAUCUUCAUUUGCUCUUGAUGCAGAUCAGCAACUGCAAUACCAAUAUUCAAGCGACGAGGAUGAAUCUGAGGAACCCCCCAAAUCGCUUCGCUCACACCAAUAG